CUGGGACGCGGGAAUCACACUAACUAUCAACACUACUCUCUUUCUCUUCUCUUGCCGAUCUCCCGCGCCAAGUAUAGAGAUGGUCACGUCUCUCUUAGCAUCUACUCAGACCUCGAAUCUCUAUCAUCUCCAUCGUUACGCAGUAUCAACUUCACAUAAUCAACACCGAAGAACUUGCAAUAUCCGAUCUGGCGGAGAUAAUUCGACAAAGGAAACUAUCAUCACACCUUCCAAGCGCGAAACGGAGCCGAAAAAUGUUCUUCUUAAGGCGGCCUGGUAUAGUUCCGAACUUCUCGGUAUAGCCGCUUCUAUCCUCCGAUCGCCGCCGUCUGUAAAUGUUUCAAAUCCAUCUCCCAAGUUUAUACCCGAUGAAGAAGGUGCUAUAUCUCGUGUUGCUGUAGUGGAGACAAUCAAGGAGGACUUUCAAAGAUCAUAUUUCGUUACUGGGAACUUGACUCUGGAUGCAUAUGAAGAGGAGUGUGAAUUUGCUGAUCCAGCAGGAUCAUUCCGUGGGCUCAGACGUUUCAAGAGGAACUGUACUAAUUUUGGCUCUCUCAUUGAGAAGUCAAAUAUGAAACUUAUGAAAUGGGAAGAUUUUGAGGACAAGGGAAUUGGACAUUGGCGUUUCAGCUGUGUAUUGUCCUUCCCAUGGAAGCCCAUUCUCUCGGGUAUAAAACGAUGUCAAGCUCCCUCCUUUUCCAUUAGCUUCAUUCCCGCGUCUCGUAAUUCAUCGCUGCAGCAAAGCUCUUCGUUGCCAAUUGAGAAAGCCUGAAGAUGAAGUUACCUGUUGCUCAUCCGGCAAGUCAACUAGCAGUGACAGAAACUAGCGAUCUCAAUCAUUAAGAGGAAGAUAAAGAAGAUUACCUGCCACCGUCAACUGUCAGCUAACGUCGCUGAAUGCGCAACAGGUAGCUUCAUCUUCAUGUUUCUCAAUCAGCGACGAGGAGCUUGGUUGCAUCGAAAAAUUAUGAGGCGCGGGGAUGAAGCUGAUUGGAAGGAAAUGAGUUAAUUGAAAGGAGAUGAGCUAUGUUGGAUUAGGGUUAAACAUCAGUUUUAGUUUACCGUUUAAAUUAAGUGACAUCUUUUUAGAUCUUAUUAAAAUAACACCUUAU